AUAAGUCUGACAGCACUGUGGUUUACUAUUUUUUGACUCUACAGUAAAUUAAUGAUUAUGCUCUAUAGGAUAAAAAGUCAUUAUAACAUGCUUCUACUGUAGGGAUCCAUCCAUAUCUGAUGUUGAAACCUGAAGUGCUUCAGUCAGAAGUGAGACGUCGUUACAACAUUAAAAAAGUGUAAUUUUUGACACAAGGGGGAGCUGAGUGAAAUUUAUAUUAUUCUUGCAGCCAUGACAUGAAUUCUGUCAUUUUGUAAACUGGUAAAAUUCUAUCAUCUCAUCAGUGUUCCAUAAUACAUUGAUUUAAUUCAAAAAUAGUUUUUGUUUCAAUUUGAAUGUUGAGAUAUUAUUUUCAACAAAAGUGCUAAAAGUGCUGACGUGUAAAUAUUGAAGAUCAUUAUCUGCACAUGUUUAUAUUGUAUUAGUGAAGGACUAACACAAACACAAUGCUGUUUCUUAUGUUUUUAGCUCAGCUGAGAGAAUGUGAUGGUACUUUUUGUACAGUUGAAUCAUGUUUCAUAGCACUUGUUUUGAGUUUGUUGCUCAGCUUAAAAACCGACGAAUGAACUGUGCAGCCCAAAAAACCCGGGGGUCAAUCCAAAUAGUAGAAAACAGGAUUCACUGUCACUACUGGGCGUCUCCUUCACUCCCACAGAGCAAAUUUGUUUGAGCGGGAAGAUCAGACAAGUUAAAAAGUACAUGCAAACAGAAGGGAAAGACCAGUGUUUAUACGUCUGUUCACUGUGUCGUUUCCUGCUUUUCAUGUACGCCAACAUUAAAGGCCAAUCUAUUGUCAAAUCCUAUACAACUGGCCUGUCAUUGUUCAAGCCUCAUGAUUAGUUUGUUAUAUACAUAUUUGUUAUUGUAUAAUGCUGCGUGAAAAUUCCUGUUUGCAUUUCGGGCCCCUUGGUUUUGAGAGUUUCAGAGUUGAGAGGGGUUACUGCGACAAUUAAGAAAGAUCGCUGCUCUGAACUCAAACUACUAAUCUCUGGGGACUCUGACCUUUAGAGUGAUCUUUCGGUCACCACUUCAUCUGUUAAAGCAUUUUGUGUGACACAAUCUAAAACUCCAAAACAGCGAUGGACUGAACCUGCUAAAAUGUAUAUUUUUUUGUCAGCCCUAUACCUCUGUAGUGUGUUGAUAUAAGAAAUAGACAAAUAUGAACAACAUUUCACAUCUCUUUUUGUUAUUUAAUAGAUCAGUGAACAUUUUUGGGUAAAGAAAAAAAUCAAAGAGGCCCUCCUGGAUUCUGGAGUAUUUAUGUAAUUAUAGCAUUUAUAGAAUAAACAUAAUGUAGAAAAUAAUCCACAGACAAAAUUGAUAGUGAAAAUAUAUUGUAAUUGCAGCCACACUACUUUAUUAUAUAUUUUUGAAUAUAUUCUUGAUAAAUAUCAUGCAGUUAAAUUCCAUUUGGAAGCCUCUACGUCUCCAUGAACUUUUAUUACAUUUCCAACACAUUCAACAAUCUGUUUCCGAGUGUGUCCACCUUUUCUCGUCCCACUCAUUUGUCCCCAGCCGUGGACCGUCGGGCGGCGCUAGGACCACGCGGACACCCAGUCAGGGAGGCGCUGUGGCUCGGAGAGAAAGGAGCUUCCACAUCGGCUGCAAUUUCAACUUUUAAGUUCUUCAAAACUUUUGCUGCGGUUGUAAACGCUGAGCCCAGUUUGUCCUGCAGGGAUGUGCUCCAGCCCGAGUUUAUGCGCCAACACCAGCCGCCCCAGAAGACCCUCCGGCUCGGAGAGCGCGGGCUCGGGGGCUCACUAUGCCCUUUGCGCCCUUGGAGUGGGACUCAUCGCCCUGGGCAUUGUCAUGAUCGUGUGGACCGUCAUACCGGUCGACGGGGAGGACUCGGGCGCCUCCCCCUCGUCGCCUGGCAACUCCACCGCAGGGUCCGACAGCGACGCCGGGAACGGCAAAGACCGCUCGAAGCCGUCCACCGUGGCUAUGGUGCUGGUGGGAGUAGGGGUGGCCACGUUGCUGUUAUCCAUCAUCCUCUGUGUGAGGAGCAGGAAGAGACGAAGCGCUGCCACCAGCCAGCCGGGCGCCACUGCGAACGCCGUCCUGAACCAUGUGGCGAGGGAGCCGGAGGAAGAGGCGGCCGACCGGACCUCGUACACCGUGCCGAGUUACGAGGAGGUUGUCACCAGUGGCGCCUACCCCAUCCGCCAGAGCAACCUCCGCAACAGCACCUCCCAGCUGCCGUCCUACGAGGACAUCAUCGCUGCCGUGGAGAGCGAGGGGACGCGGCCCGCCGGCGGGCCCUCCGAGGUCACGCCGCUCAGCGGUCCGGCCGCCGCGCUCCGGGCCGACCGGCCGGGCCUCGCGGGGAACCCCAGCCUGCUCACCCGCAGCGCCAGCCGGGCGAGCCGUUUGCUGCGGCCCCUCCGGGUGAGGAGGAUCAAGUCGGACAAGCUUCACCUGAAGGACUUCCGCAUCCAGAUCCGCAGCCCCACGCAGAACCCGGUGACCAUCGAGCCCAUCACUCCGCCGCCUGUGUAUGACAAUAAGAUGCCAGAGUUAGAGUAGUGUCGCGCUCUUCAUUGCCUGCACUCCUACACUCCUGAAAUCAGGAAUCGGGAAUGAGAACAUUGGCUCCUUCACUGAAGCUUGCGAUUGCCGUGGUCAUUUUAUGUUUUUUUUUUUUUUUUU